AUGGGUUUCUCACUAUCCAUAUCGCGAUGUACUUCCAUCCUCAUGCUUUUUUUAAGUCUUGUGCAGGCUCACACUGUCAUCACAUAUCCCGGCUACCGAGGAAACAACCUUCAUACCAACGGCACAGUCGCGCAAGCCAACGGUCUGGGUGUCGCAUAUGAUGUGAAAAACGGCUCAUACAUUUUCCCAUAUGGAAUGGAGUGGAUCUAUCCUUGUGGUGGAAUGCCCAGAUCGACCAACCGAACCAAAUGGCCCGUCAGCGGUGGUGCUCUUGCCUUCCAACCGGGCUGGUUCCCAGGUCAUGCCACUGCCUUGAUCUAUGUUAACCUCGGAUUCGGCGAGAUCCCAGAGAACAUGAGCCACCCGGUCGUUCAACCAUUCCAGAUCGUCGGUCCGACCAACAACCCUUACCCGGGCACUGUGUGUCUGCCACAAGUGCCCCUGCCGGCCAACAUUAGUGUUAGCCCCGGUGAUUAUGCGACUAUUCAAGUAGUCGAGACGGCCAAACAUGGUGCUGCUCUUUACAACUGCGUGGACAUUGAAUUCGCAGAAGACGGCGAUGCAUCAAUCGAGACCGUGACUCGCGACAAUUGCUUCAACUCGUCUGACAUCUCCUUCGAAUACAUGUACACGACAAGCGCUAUUGGUUCUGGUGCAGUCAUGCUGCAUUCGACGCCGUCAGUUGCUGUCCUCGUCCCGCUCUUGCUGGCGGCCACACUGGGCCUGUAUAUGUAG